AUGGGUGAAUUGAAAACAGUAGGAUGGGUGAAUUCGUUCGAUGGAAUAGCAGUGCUGAAACCUAAUCCACACGUAGGGGAAAAUCAAGGACGUACUAGAGACUGUAUUCCAUCAAACAACAGUAACCAUGUAUCGCCACAGGACUAUCUAAACUCUCACAUCGAACCCGAAUCCACCAGCGAAUCAAUCGGGGAUUUGAAAUCAGCUUCCCACACGUGUCGUGCUGGCGUUGACUGCGAGGAAGACGGGAUCUCUCCGAUGGCGUUGGCCAUAGUGUUUUGUGAAUAUCUGGAAAAAUCCAUCAGUGAACAUGCUCUGGAUAUUAAAGAUAAAACAAUAAUAGAACUAGGAGCUGGUACAGGAUUGGUUGGCAUGGUAACAGCUUUACUAGGUGGCAAUGUCAUCAUCACCGACCGUGAAAUGGCACUGGAACAACUACAGCAAAAUAUUGAUGAUAAUGUUAUGCCAGAUGACAUCACAGGUCAAAUAAAAGUCAAAGAACUUUGUUGGGGCAAACACUUGGACCAAUUUCCAACAUUUGACAUCAUACUAGGAGCGGAUAUCAUUUACAUUCAGGAGACUUUCCCCGAUUUAUUGAAAACUUUGCUUCAUCUCAGUCACUGCCGUACUCGUAUUUUAUUAAGUUGUAAAAUACGAUAUAAAAAGGAUUCCAAUUUUAUCGAGAGUUUAAAAGUAUAUUUUACUGUUUCAGAAAUAUUUUAUGACUUAACAAGAGAUGUAAGAAUAUAUGAAGCAAUAAAAAAGUAUGAACAUUCUUGACUU